CUGAUCCCAGAUUUUAUGCCGCUAGUGGAUAAGGUCACCUCCUCCCGGCUUCCACAGGCAUCACAAACUCAACCCCCAUCCCCCCCAGAAAAAUCCACGAUAUGGCAACCCUCUUCGCCCCCUCCGCUGUCCUCUCCACCGCCACAACCGCGGCCGCCGCCGCCACCACCACCACCACCACCUCCCCGGCCCCUCCCAGACCUUUAAUCAGACCCCACUUCCCUCACCUCAAAUCUCUGUCCACCACCCUCGCCGCCACCGCCGCCGCGGCCUCACUCCUCCUCUCCACCCCCUCCCCCUCCCUCGCGGACUCCCCCACAGUCCACCUCUACUACGGCACCGCCGCCAGUGCCGCCAACUACGGCGGCUACGGCGGCAACGAGAGCAAGAAGGACUCGGCGGAGUAUAUCUACGAGGUCCCCGACGGUUGGAAGGAGCGGCCCAUCUCCAAAGUGGAGAAGGGCACCAACGGCACCGACAGCGAGUUCUACAACCCCAAGAAGCGCGCCGAGCGCGUGUACCUCACCUUCCUCCCCGGGUUCCGCGCCCUCGCCCCCGUCGACGCCGUCCUCUCCAAUCUCGCCCUCUCCGACGUCGAUCUCCAGGACCUGAUCGCCGGCGCCGCGUCCGUGCGGUCGGCGGAGCGGCGGGACGACAAGGGGCAGCUCUACUACGCCUACGAGAUCGAGGGUGCCGGGGCCCACAGCCUGGUCUCGGUUACGUGCGCCCGGAACAAGCUAUACGCCCACUUUGUAAGCGCGCCCAACCCGGAGUGGAAUCGGGAUCAGGAUACCCUCCGCCGGCUCCACGAGUCCUUCAGGACCGUCGUCGACCCCGCUUCUCCUUCCUAGCUCUUCCUCGUCGGUGUUCGUUUCGAUGUUCCCCGCGGUAAUAUGAUAUAUGUAACGGCACUCAUGAGCAAGACCAGAUGCUAUUAGGCUUCAUUUCAAGUUCUUUUGUAGUGUACUGUGUCUAUCUUAUGCAGGAGAUAUCGCUUGGAUAAGAUUUUGGAACCAAAGUACUCGCUAGAAUCAAGGAGAUCAAAGAGUGAGGAUUACCUUUUCUUCUGAGAACCAAAAAAGAGGAUUUUCCAGCUUCCCUUGGAUCUCGAUGUCCAUCUACCAUGAUAAUCUCCCUAUAUGGCUGUAAUUUUCCAAAUUGUGUGAACUGCAUUACUGGAGCUUCUGACAA